AUGAAAAGCCCAGAUCGAACUUCAGAGCCGUCAUUAGUCUUGGCAGCGCCACAGAUACCAAUGUAUGGACAACAUGAAAAAUCAGAUGAAAUGAAAGAGGAUAAACCUCUUAUUACGGGUGUUAAUCAAUAUUCCCCUUCCGUGGUAAACACUGCUGAAAAUGAGAAUACAGAACCCGUUCCAGGAGUGACCAGUGUCUUAGUUGCCCCGUCGGAAAAUGAGAGAUUGUUAGAUGUUCCACCAUCGGUUGAAAUAAUACCUAGUGCAGACAAGGUUUCAUCUGUGCCUGAACCUUUUCACAAACGUAGUGAUUACCAUAUGACUGCACUUCAAAGCUUUUCGGAUCCUCAAGUGGCUCCCGAUCUGAAUAGAAGCCCUCGGGUUUCAGCUCGACAGUCCGAACAUUUUCCGAAGCCAAGCCAGGCUAAACAGGAUCAGUUAUCCGUGAGAGUGGCCCAAAAUGCCAUUCCAACAAAUCACGAUGAAGGGGAACAGAAAGUUCCACGACUCGACUAUGCGCCAAACAUGCUUGACUUACCGCGCUCGGAUGAAGCGGAAAUACACAAAAUUCCUCAGGGCCCGCCGUUCCACACUAGCGUGCAGUCUCAGCUACAGUUGAUAGAUCCUGGACGGUCUCCAGCCGUUGAAGGCGAUUUAGAUAAAAAUCAACUUCGAGCACCCGCAGUCACAAACGUAAUGAGUCAACCAAUCGCAGUGGCUGAACCUUCCCAAGGAGACAUGGUUUUACCAAUGCAUUAUGUUGUCCCCAGCGUACCAGUUCCAGAUCAACUUAGUAAUUUUGCCGUAUCAAGUAAAGAUGUGCUCCAAACCGGACGUGAGAUUCGGAAUGAAAAGAUUCCCACCAAUGUGGAGCGAAUUACUCGUGCACCUGCUCCUAAGAUGGAAGAUGCUAUU